UUAUGGAGGCCAAAAUUAUGACAUAGCAAGUAGUUUAGACGGUUCUCCUUAUAAAGAAUGGUUUUGAUCGUUGAUCCUUAAAAAGAGCGGUUUUGAUCCCUGAACCUUAAAGAGAGGUUGAGAUCCCAGAUCCUGAGAGGGAUUUUGUUCCCUGAUCCUGAGAGCAAUUUUGAUCCUUGAUACUGAGAGCGGUUUUAAUCCCCGAUUCUUAAAAGACAGUUUGAUCCCUGAUCCUGAGAGGGAUUUUGUUCCCUGAUCCUGAGAGCAAUUUUGAUCCCUGAUACUGAGAGAGGUUUUAAUCCCCGAGCCUUAAAAGAGCGGUUUGAUCCCAGAUCCUGAGAGUAAUUUUGAUCCCUGAUCCUUAAAAAGAGUGAGUUUUCCCAUCUCUGGUAUCAUAUUUCUAUUUCUAAGAGCAAUCUAUUAUCGAUAAACUCGAUUUUUUCGAUGGUACUACUUAGUGUUGAAUUUACUGAAUAUCGGAAGGAACGAUUCGAUAUAUUGUAUGUUUGUAUAUAAUUUUUAUCUUCUGUCGUAACAUAUCUCGUUUGGCUGCUGUCUUCGACUUUUGGAUUUUGACAUUCCUCCUGCUCUCCAGUCGAAAUGGGCGUCCGGAGGCUCCAGACUUUCAUGGAGAGAACGGCCGACUGCUGUUACGACGUUGACAUCAAGGAAAUGAUCAAUUCCUACUUGAGAGAAGGCAGAGGGAAGCCAGUGGUUGUGAUCGAUAUCUACUCAUGCAUAUACUUCAUAUUUGAAGACGUGGCGUGGCUCAGUGGUGGCCAGUCGAAAGAGAUGGCCUACCUCUUGGAACGUUUUUACAAGUCUUUCACCGAUCUUGGAGCCGAACUCGUUAUAUUCAUCGACGGUUGUUUGGAGCCUUCAAAGGUCGAUACGUGGAAGCUAAGGCGGCACGAGGAGGUCAAGAACAUCCAGUACAUUUUUGACCAGCUGGACAUCAAUCCAUACCGCUUCCCAGAAGACUGUAAAAAGAGUAGGGUCAAUAUGAUGGUGAAAUUACUCACUGGUCCAAACAUUGAGGCCUACUAUUCUACUGAAGAAUGCGACCUUGAAAUAGCGAGAUACGCCAAGCUGAACAAUUGCUUUGCCAUUUUAGCCCAAGACACAGAUUUUGUCAUAUACGAAGGGGCGAGGCAUUACUGGUCGGGAAAACAUUUAAACCUUCGUAGAAUGACAACUAAAGAGUAUUCGAGGCAGAAUCUAGCUCGCUGUCUACAACUGUCUACACAAGAUCUACCACUUCUGGCCUCGCUUAUAGGAAAUGAUAUCAUCUCAGAAAAAUUACUUUUGCCUUUUCAUAGAAGCAUGGGCGACUUGUGGCAGCAGAGGUCAAACAGUAUCAACUACAGAAAUAAUUUUUUCAACGUCGCCAGUUGCAUACGUCAUUACAAGUCGAAAUCGAGUGAUAUAAAUCAGAUGCUGCCGAUCAUCGCAGAGAGGGUUUUCGGCGUCAAGGAUUAUUCAGAUUUGCUCCUACGGAGUCUGAACUCGUAUGACGUGCUUCUUAUAAGACAAGAUGAUGACAUAGAUACAAGAUAUGGCAAAAAUUGGACCGAAAUUCAAAAACUGAUCAAGAAAUUGCACAAAACGAGUAAAAUUGAUAGUAGUAUUUACAUGGUGAUAACACGCGGUAUUUUCACGAGCUGUUCACUUCUCGAAGACUACACUCGCAAUUUUUUCCCUCCUGCGUUACAAAUAUUGAAAAAAUUAAGACAGAGGAUUUACGGCAUAUUGCUUCAGGAGAAACCUUUGCCCGAUAACGGAGUACAUUAUGUGAAAGAACUUGUCGUUUGUGGCCUGACCAGUGUUGAAGAUUACAUCCCUGUACCUGCCAUCAUGCCGAGUGUGCCUCACAGUGGAUUGAUCAAGCUUAUGACCCUCAAUGACAAAGACACAACAAAAGAAAAGUUCAAUCUAUUUUGCUCUGCGCUUCAUGUAAACAGCAGCCUUUUAGAAUUGGAAGAGAAACAUUUAAUCCUGCCGACUGGAGUACUGAAAUACCUUCUUACGGAGGGAGGCAUGGUGUUGGAAGACUGGGAGGUGAUCGCCCUUGUGGUUGCAAUGGUUCUACUCGAUUCCUACUCGAUCAAACAGAUCAAUAGAAUUCAAGAAUUUCCAAUCGAUAUACGAUGUAUAAACCUUUAUACGAUUGUUGCCAAGGGUUUUUACUUUGGGACCUUUCUGAAUAGUGUCUGCGGGCACCCUUUGAGCUAUGAAAUGUGCAAUCCGGUGAGGUACCAUGAUGGAAAGCUUUUUCACAAGAAGUACAAAGAAGCAAUCGAGACCAGAGAUAUUGAAGUGUUAUGUGAAAAAAAGAAAAAUGCUGUCGUGACGUGCAAAAAAAUCCUUUCAUUUUUAAACAGCCGACUGUGAGAUGUACAUUUUAAUUACAUUUUAUUAACUGUAUAUUGUUCAAGUAUAUUCUAAAUGUACAGAUAUAUUUGUAUAUUACAUAAUGUA